AUGGAGGUGGAUGCAGACGAGAAGCGCCAUCGCACACGCUCCAAAGGUGUUCGAGUUCCCGUGGAACCAGCCAUACAAGAGCUGUUCAGCUGUCCCACGCCUGGCUGUGAUGGCAGUGGUCAUGUUAGUGGCAAAUAUGCAAGGCACAGAAGUGUUUAUGGCUGUCCUUUGGCAAAAAAACGAAAAACGCAAGAUAAACAACCUCAAGAACCUGCUCCCAAAAGAAAACCUUUUGUGGUUAAAGCAGACAACUCUUCUGUAGAUGAGUGUUAUGAAACUGAUGGAACAGAGGAGAUGGAUGAAAAGGAAGAAGAAGAGGAAGAGGAGGACGAAGAAGAGGAGGAAUAUUCUGAUGACAAUGAUGAUCAAGGUGAUGAGGAGGAGGAUGAUGAGGAGAUAGAUCGAGAAGAAGAAGAGGAGAUUGAAGAGGAAGAAGAGGAGGAUGAAGAGGAAGGUGAAGAUGUGGAGGAUGAAGAGGAGGAGGAAGAAGAGGAGGAGGAGGAAGAGGAGGAGGAGGAAGAACAAGACCAUCAAAUGAAUUGUCACAAUACUCGAAUAAUGCAAGACACAGAAAAAGACGAUAACAAUAAUGAUGAGUAUGAUAAUUACGAUGAACUGGUGGCCAAGUCAUUGUUAAAUCUUGGCAAAAUUGCUGAGGAUGCAGCAUACAGAGCCAGGACAGAAUCAGAAAUGAACAGCAAUACAUCUAAUAGUCUGGAAGAUGAUAGUGACAAAAAUGAAAAUAUUGGUCGGAAAAGCGAGCUGAGUUUAGACUUAGACAGUGAUGUUGUUAGGGAAACAGUGGACUCCCUUAAAUUACUAGCACAAGGACACGGUGUAGUGCUAUCAGAAAACAUUAAUGAUAGAAAUUAUGCAGACAAUACUUCACAGCAAGAUAAUAGGAAUAUGAACUUUGUAAUGUUAGGGAAGCCUGUGAACAAUGGACUUACGGAAAAAAUGGUGGAGGAGAGUGAUGAAGAGGUGUGUCUCAGCAGUUUGGAGUGCUUAAGGAACCAGUGUUUUGAUCUGGCUAGGAAACUCAGUGAGACAAACCCACAGGAAAGAAAUCAACAGCAAAACAUGAACACUCGUCAGCAUGUCAGGCAAGAAGAUGACUUCCAAGGAAGAACACCAGACCGGAAUUACUCUGAUAUGAUGAACCUAAUGAGGCUUGAAGAACAGUUGAGCCCCAGAUCUAGGACUUUUUCUAGCUGUGCAAAGGAGGAUGGUUGUCACGAAAGAGAUGAUGAUACCACCUCUGUUACUUCAGAUAGGUCUGAAGAAGUGUUUGAUAUGACAAAAGGUAACUUAACCCUGCUUGAGAAAGCAAUUGCUUUGGAAACUGAGAGAGCAAAAGCCAUGAGAGAAAAAAUGGCAGUGGAAGCUGGAAGGAGGGAUAAUAUGAGAUCAUUUGAGGAACAAUCUCCAAGACAACUUUCUGGGGAUGACAGGAAGCCUAAACCCAGUGACGGCCAUGUCAAAAAGCCAUAUUAUGGUAAAGAUCCCUCAAGAACAGAAAAGAAAGAGAGCAAAUGUCCUACCCCUGGGUGUGAUGGAACUGGCCAUGUAACGGGGCUUUACCCCCAUCACCGCAGUUUGUCAGGAUGCCCACACAAAGAUAGGGUCCCUCCAGAAAUUCUUGCCAUGCAUGAAAAUGUUCUUAAGUGUCCUACACCAGGCUGCACAGGCCGGGGCCACGUAAAUAGCAACAGGAAUUCCCACCGAAGCCUCUCUGGAUGUCCUAUUGCUGCAGCAGAGAAACUGGCUAAAGCUCAAGAGAAGCAUCAGAACUGUGAUGUGUCAAAAUCAAACCAGGCAUCAGAUCGGGUUUUAAGGCCCAUGUGCUUUGUUAAGCAAUUGGAGAUCCCUCAGUAUGGCUACAGAAACAAUGUCCCCACCACCACACCCCGCUCCAACUUGGCCAAGGAACUAGAGAAAUACUCUAAGACUACGUUUGAAUAUAACAGUUAUGACAACCAUGCCUAUGGCAAGAGAGCCAUAGCUCCCAAGGUGCAAUCCAGGGAUAUAUCCCCCAAAGGAUAUGAUGCUAAACGUUACUGUAAGAAUUCAAGUCCAACCAGCAGCACAACAAGCAGUUAUGCCCCUAGCAGCAGCAGCAAUAUGAGUUGUGGUGGAGGCAGCAGUGCCAGCAGCACCUGCAGCAAGAGCAGCUUUGACUACACUCAUGACAUGGAGGCAGCACACAUGGCUGCUACUGCAAUUCUGAAUCUCUCCACCCGCUGCAGGGAGAUGCCUCAGAACCUCUCCACUAAGCCUCAGGAUCUCUGUGCAAGGAAUCCUGAUAUGGAAGUCGAUGAAAAUGGGACCUUAGACCUGAGUAUGAACAAGCAGAGGCAGCGAGAUGGUUGCUGUACCAUUUUGACACCACUGGAGCCAAUGUCACCGCAACGACAAGCUGUGAUGAACAACCGCUGUUAUCAACUGAAUGAGGGUGAUUGCUGGGACUUACCAGUGGACUACACAAAAAUGAAGCCCAGUAGGAUAGAUGAAGAUGAUUCCAAAGAGAUUAAUCCAGAAGAUUUGGAUCCUUUCCAAGAGGCACUCGAAGAAAGAAGGUAUCCUGGUGAAGUUACAAUCCCAAGUCCUAAACCCAAAUACCCUCAAUGCAAAGAGAGCAAAAAGGAUUUAAUAACUUUGUCUGGAUGUCCCUUGGCUGACAAAAGCAUUCGAAGUAUGCUGGCCACAAGCUCACAAGAACUCAAGUGUCCAACUCCUGGGUGUGAUGGUUCCGGACAUAUUACUGGAAAUUAUGCUUCACAUCGAAGUCUUUCAGGCUGUCCAAGAGCAAAGAAGAGUGGGAUCAGGAUAGCACAAAGCAAGGAAGACAAAGAAGACCAAGAGCCAAUUAGAUGUCCAGUUCCUGGUUGUGAUGGUCAGGGUCAUAUAACUGGAAAAUAUGCAUCCCAUCGCAGUGCAUCAGGGUGUCCUCUAGCUGCCAAAAGGCAAAAGGAUGGAUACCUAAAUGGCUCACAGUUCUCAUGGAAGUCAGUGAAGACGGAAGGAAUGUCAUGUCCAACCCCAGGAUGUGAUGGCUCAGGACACGUCAGUGGUAGUUUUCUUACUCAUCGUAGUUUAUCAGGAUGUCCCAGAGCUACUUCAGCAAUGAAGAAAGCAAAGCUGUCUGGAGAACAAAUGCUAACAAUAAAGCAGCGGGCCAGUAAUGGUAUAGAAAAUGAUGAAGAAAUUAAACAGUUAGAUGAAGAAAUCAAAGAACUAAAUGAAUCCAACUCCCAGAUGGAAGCUGACAUGAUUAAACUCAGAACUCAGAUUACCACAAUGGAGAGCAACCUGAAGACGAUAGAAGAGGAGAACAAAGUAAUUGAACAGCAAAAUGAGUCUCUUCUUCAUGAAUUGGCCAAUUUAAGCCAGUCUUUAAUUCAUAGUCUAGCUAAUAUCCAGCUGCCACAUAUGGAACCAAUCAAUGAACAAAAUUUUGAUGCUUACGUGACCACUUUGACGGACAUGUAUACAAAUCAAGAUCGUUAUCAGAGUCCAGAAAAUAAAGCCCUACUGGAAAAUAUAAAGCAGGCUGUGAGAGGAAUUCAGGUCUGA